GUGGCUCUCCGAUUUUAUUUUUGCAAUACAUAAAAGGAGGACGAGGGGUGGGAGGGAUGGGGGCAUCUCAAAGAAAAAAGCAGCAGCCAUAAUUCCCAAAACCCUGGUCAAUUUUCAGAAUUCAUGUUGGAUAUUAUGGAGGGAAUACAGAAGGUUUUUCGUAGUGCCACUCCUCAGGAUUCAAAUACCACUUUCAGAUCCAUCUCUGCUGCUCUUGAAAAAGCACCCAUUAAAUCUUCUCCUUCUGCUUCGUCCGCUGAUCACUCACAACUUUUGCUUACUCGCUCUUCCAAACAAGCAGUAUCACUGUGGACUUGCUCAAAGCUCUGUGCCAUUUGCUUUGUUGCUGGAAUAUUUGUCGGUUAUACACUGAAGCGUCGCGUACGCCAAUGGGCUUCCAAACUUCUCAAGGGAUUGAAGGACUAACAAGUUUUGGAUACUUACAGUUUCUGAUUGUAAUUUCAUUUUCCAUGUAGGUAUCACACUGUACCUUCUUUUGCCAUGUUAUACUGAAGUCUCUUAUGGUUUUUUGCUGCAUAAGCACUGAAUUGUACUUAUAUUCAUUGUUUCCCAGUGUUUGAUGCAAAUUUAUUGAUAGCCCGCUUCCUUCAGUAA